GAUGGGGUCUGUCUGAGGGGUGUCUCGGCUGCUGCUGUUCGGGCUGCUGUGGGAAGGCUCCGCAGCUGCCGGGCUCGUGGUGGCCUCUGGUAUCGUGCUGGUGCAGGGCUAAAGCGCGGGUGGAGCGCUGGGCUGAAGUAGCUUACCAACCGCGUGACUUGUGGCCGAGUUCUUAGUGCUGCUUGAUCUGAUGAAUUCCAAAAUGAAACAAAGCCUGAAUGUAGAGAACUCGUCUGGAUCUCUGCAGAAGUACUUCACAGACACUGCAUGCAGUGCUGCCCCAAGACGGACUCUUAAGAUGAUCCAGCCUUCAGCAAAAGGUUGCCUGGUUGGAAGGUGUAGUGAGAAGAAAUCUUCAGUCAAGAGGAAACUCUGGAAUAACAGGUUUACGUCCUCAACUUGUAAAGCUGAGGUAUCUGUGGACAAAGAGCAAGAAAAUGAGAAUACAGAUGAUGCCAUUCAAGCAGUAGAUCUCAUAAAAAAAAGUCCUUCAUCUCAAUAUUGGAAAGAAGUGGCUGAAGAAAGGAGGAAGGCUCUGUAUGAAGUGCUUCAAGAAAAUGAAAAGUUGCACAAAGAGAUUGAACAAAAAGAUGGCGAAAUUGCCCGCCUGAAGGAGGAAAACAAGGAGCUAAUGUCACUGGCUGAACAUGUGCAUUAUUUGACCGGCAUGAUUGAGAGGCUAACAGGGCAAGAAUCUGACAAUCUUGAGACACUGGAAAGUCUGGCUUUAGAUGAAUCCAACCAAGAAAAUGAAGAAUUUAACAUCGGAGGUGAUGCAAGCAGCACUUCUUCAGAAGGGCCAUCACAAGUAUCAUGCCACUUAAGGAAGAGUGUAUCAGAUCUUGCUUCAAGUGAAGGAAAUUACUGACAACUGUGACCUUAACUAGGCUUAUGUAUGUGGGUUCUUUUAAUUGCAGUCUUCCCCUUGAAAGGAUAUACUAAAUCUUCUCAGGUAUAGAAACUCUUGUGGAAGCAGGACAGUGGCUUUUAACUGGGAUUAUGUAGCAGGGAGUAUCUUUAUACUGCCUGUAAAACUUACUACAGGCUGCAGUUAGUUGCUUGUUUAAAAUGCAAAUACUAUGUAUUUCAAACUGUUGUGUAAAUAUCAGAUGGUCUGACAUGAUGUGUGAGAAUUGAGAAAUAAAUUUUUGCCUUACCAAA